AUGGCAGCAGACACGCAUCCAUCGGCCGAUGAAGCUGCCAGCUCCUCGAACUCAGAUAUUUUGCCAUACACAUCUGGUUUGAACGGAGUCAAGCUGCAUAUGGACAAGUUUCUCAUCAAAUGGUUAUGGAUAUCAAUGGUCUCGAUCGCUGUCCUGAUCCUAGCCUCUCGGAUCAUUCAACUUUGCAACUCACAUCUUCGUCGCAUCUUCUCGCUGACAGCGAGCACAAAACAGCAGUCAUACUGGAGCUUUGACAAAACAACCAUUUGGCCACAAUUCAAGAAAAAUGUGCUGUAUGCUCCGCUGGGAAAGAAACGACACAACCGCGAGGUAAAGUUUUCGGAAGCCGUCAAUGUGGGCACGUUGCCAUCGAGAUUCCACACCUUCCUGCUCUUCCUUCUACUCGGCAGCAACAUUGCCUACUGCUGCAUUCUCGAUUAUCGGCAAAGCAACAAAGCUGCACUCCUCGCAGAAUUGAGAGGGAGAUCGGGUAUCCUGGCGACAGUGAACAUGAUCCCUUUGAUCCUUUUGGCAGGUCGAAACAACCCUGCUAUCUCCCUCCUCAAAGUCAGUUUCGAUACCUACAACCUCCUGCACCGCUGGAUUGGUCGGAUUGUUGUUGUUGAGGCCAUCGUUCACACCAUCGCCUGGGGUGCCAACUGUGUCCAAGCCAAGGGUAUGGGUGGUGUAGGGCAGUCAAUCCGCGGGGAUCCAUUCCUUCAAUGGGGACUGGUCGGCACAUUGGCGAUGGCUAUCAUCCUCGUCCAGUCACCUUCUGUUAUUCGCCACGCUUUCUACGAGACAUUCCUCCAUCUUCACCAAGCUCUCGCAUUCGCGGCGAUUCUCGGCGUCUACAUUCACCUGGAAAUUUCUAAGCUCCCGGCGCUUCCAUACAUUCGUGCCGUCGUUGGGCUGUGGGCCAGUGAACGUCUCCUUCGAUUCCUUCGACUUGGCUAUCUCAACCUUUCUCGCAAACAUGGAUGCACAAAUGUUGUAGUAGAAGCCCUACAAGGAGAAGCGUGUCGGGUUACUUUCAAUCUUCCUCGACAUGUUACCGUCAGACCUGGCAGCCACGUGUACGCCUACCUUCCACGAGUCUCAUUGUGGAUGUCACACCCUUUCUCCGUCGCGUGGACCAAUGUUGACUCGGAACCUCCUACAGGCGCAGGAACUCUGUCGCCAAUAACUCCAACAUCACCUUCCUCGCUUGAGAAGCAAAUUACUCUUGCUCUCAAGAAAUCGAAAGAACCUACCUCGAUUUCUCUCGUCAUGGUGGCUCGAACCGGAAUGACGCGCAAAAUCUACGACAUGGCGCGCGCAUCUGAAGGUGGCAUGAUGCGGAUUUCAGGCUAUGUGGAGGGGCCAUAUGCUGGUCAUGAUUCGCUGAAGAGCUACGGCACCGUCGUGCUCUUUGCUGGUGGUGCUGGGAUCACUCAUCAUCUGGUUCAGAUACGACACCUGAUUGCCGCAUCGCAAGCUGGCACAGUCGCAACACGCAAGAUCGUGCUUGUCUGGUCAGUGAGGUCAGUAGAGAUGCUGUCAUGGGUUCGACCGUGGAUGGACGAGAUUCUGCAAAUGGAAGGUCGAAGAGAUGUGCUCAAAAUCCUCCUUUUUGUGACGAAGCCCCGAAGCCCACGAGACCUGGUCAGUCCCAGCGCAACUGUCAAGCUGUUUCCCGGCCGAUGUCGACCGCCCGUCAUUCUCGAUGAGGAACUACCGACAAGGGUGGGCGCGGCAGCUGUUUCCGUUUGUGGACCUGGCGCUUUUGCCGAUGAAGUCCGAGCCGCGGUGAGGGAGAGACUGCACUGGGGAAGCCUUGAUUUCGUUGAAGAGGCUUUCACUUGGUAA